AUGAUAACGUCUAAGAAUUUUGUAGUUGAGAAACAAAAGUUGAAGCGUGACGAAGUUAAAAGGGAGUUGAGACAGCAACUUAAAGCUGCAAGAGCUAGGAAGCGUGCAUUCAACAUAAUAAAGGAAUCGCAUAAAUUUUAUGAACAAAAUGAUGUUUCAGAUUAUGAAAAUCUAGAUGAUCAUGUUUGGUCAGAUAAAGAUAUUAAUGAGAAGGCUUCUGAUUACUUUGCUGUUUUACAAACGGCUAGAUCGAAAAGGACUCAAAGACGCAAAAAAGCAGAGCUAAAAAAAGCUGCACAAAAUACUCGAUCUAUUACUACCUAUUUAGCUUCUGCCUUAACAUGUUCUCAAAAUUCUCACAUUACUUCAGCUUUAACUUCUACUUGCGAAUCAUCAACAGAGUCAUAUGCAUUAAUGGAAGUGAAAUCAACAAAAAUGGAGGCGGAAUCAAUGGAGGUAGAAUCAAUGGAGAUGGAAUCAACAGAGACAAAGUUAGUGGAGAUAGAAUUAUUAGAAUUGGAAUUAAUGGAGGUGGAAUCAACAGCAGGUGUGUCAGCAGAAAUGGAUAUUGAUGAGAAAACAAAAAUGUGGCAGGCGAUUGAGGAGUUAGAUAGGAUGUUAAAAAAUGAAAACAAUCAUAUAGAUAAAGGGGUAAAGUGGCGAAAACUUCUGAAAGAUAAUCGUAGUAGAUUUACGAAAGUAUCAAGCCUACUUGAUGAUGAGAGAAUAUCCAUGAAAAUAAUGUCAUAUCUAAGAAGUCACAAAUUUAGUGUAAAUCCUAGGAUUCUAAAAGAAUACGUAGAGAAUGAGCAUUGUAAGGAAUGGAGAAAAGAUAUAUAUGUAGACGGACAUGAAUGUAAGGAUGUGGUGCACUAUAGACAAACAAUUUUUUUGCCUAUGAUGAAAGAAUUAGAGCCUGUUCUUCUUGAGUAUGACGAUAAAGACCUUACUAAACUAGUCGAGAAGAAUAUUCUUUCUGAAAAAAAAAACCAUUGUGUAGUAACACAUGAUGAAACGACAUUAGCUGCGAAUGAUGAUAAGAAAACAGGAUGGGGACCCAAAGGUGAACAUAAAUUACGCCUAAAAGGAUGGGGCAGAUGUAUUCAUAUUAGUGAAUUUCUGUGUGAACCGUUAGGUCGAGUUCAUUUAACUGCAGAACAAUUUGCAGCUCAUCUGAAAAUUCCAAACCAGUAUGUUACCGAAUUGCUAGAAAUUGGAGUAAACUAUGAAGGUUAUUGGAACGUUCAAAUGCUAGCUAAGCAACUUGAACGUGCAAUUGAUAUUUUGGAAAUUGCGCUUCCAGAUAUGAUAUUUGUUUUUGGAUUUGACAACAGUUCCAGCCAUGGAGCUUUUGCAGAGGAUGCAUUAAUAGUAAGCAGAAUGAAUGUUGGUUAUGGUGGUAAACAACCUAAAAUGCGCCCUGGUCAAUUUUUUGAUGGAAUUAAAGAAGUAAUGACAGAACGAGGAAUAUGGAAUAAACAAUUAAGAGGAAAAUAUAUUAAAUAUGCAGAGAAUGAAGAAAUAACAUGUUGCAAUAUGAGGAAAUUGGCUAGACAGCCAGAUUUCAUGGAACAAAAGAAUGUCCUUAAGGAAAUUGUGCUUAAUCGAGUAAAGAGAUACGCAAGAAGCCACUACGAUUAUACCUUUCAAGGAUUAAGAAAAACUGUACCAGAGGCUCUUGAUUCCGUGAAUAUUAUAACAAUUAGAAAGUUUGCAAGAAAAGUGUGGAGAUACAUGGACGCCUAUAGAAAAGGAUUAACUCCCUCUGCUGCUGAAUUUGCAGUAAAGAAAUAUAAAUCACAUCGAAGGAUUCCUAAAAAUAUUGAAUUGUAA